GGAAAUUUCGCCACCCAAUUCAAACCCGCCAGGUUCCCCGCCCAACGGGGGUUGGGCGACCAUGCCUCCGCCGUACCCCGCUGCAAACCCACCGUCUCCCUCUUCACAGCCUCCACUCUCCUCUCUCUACACACAGAAAUCCUGGUCGCCUGACCUACACCGAGACGAGGAAUGGAUCAGGCGGAAGGGCAAACACGACCACCGCCGGAGCAAGAGCGUCACCGAUGAGGAUAUCGAUGAACUCAAGGCUUGUAUUGAACUUGGCUUUGGCUUCGAACAUUCUCCUAAAUUGGAUGAUCGCCUUUCCAACACCUUACCGGCUUUAGGCUUAUAUCACGCCGUUAACAAGCAAUAUUUUGAUACGAUUUCCAAGUCGUCGUCAAUGUCGUCGUCGUCUUCUUCGCUUGUAUCUUCAUACUCAUACGCUGUUUCUGAGCCCGAUUUAUUUUCUCCAGUGAGCAGCCCCCACACCAUAUUCAGCCGAGGCGAUAAUCCACAGACGGUGAAGGCGAGGUUAAGACAAUGGGCACAAGUUGUUGCUUGUUCAGUGCUGCAAUCAUCAUCAUCAUCGUCAUCAAGCUGAACACAAGAUCAACAACGUCCGAAACCAAGGAUGAAUCAGAUCCAGGCCUGGUUAGAUCACAAGUAAUUCUAACCCAACCAACACAUAGUUGAAAGAGUUAGAUUGAUCUAGAUCUGAUGAUAUAAACUUCUCUAAUAGGGUUUGAAUCUGCCUAAAGCAUUACUUUGAUGUUUGGUAAUUCAAAUUUGCUUUUGUAAUCAUGUUAUGUGUUAGCUUUCGGUUGUCUUAAUGCUUCAUUUUAGCUUUUUUCUCGAGUGCAAUCUGUCUUUUAUUCAUGGGAUUUUUGGUGAUUUCUUGUCCCCCCAACUUUAUGUAAACGCGUUAAGUUUUGUUGAUGA